AUGAGGACAAGUCAGGAGGACCAUCUGCUCCUGACCACAGUUGAUCACAGACCCACCCGGGGGAGUGAGGAUGAGGAGGACGAGGAGAAGAAGGGGCGCGGCUGCUCCCUGCAGUACCAGCACGCCACGGUGUGUGUCCUCACCCCGUUUGUGGCCGAGGCGCCCGACUUGGGUCAGCUGAGCUACAUGCUGGGCCCCGACUGGCAGUUCGACAUCACUGACCUGGUGAUGGAGUCCAUGAAGGUGGAGGAGCCGAGGAUCGCGCAGUUACAGGGCGGCUGGACCCUGGUGGGCCGGGAGCCGGGGAUGCCCAGCAUUCAAGUGCUCUCCCCGCUCUCUGACUCCAUCCUGGCCGAGAAGACGGUGAUCGUCCUGGAUGACCGCGUCACCAUCGCCGACCUGGGCGUGCAGCUGGUGGCUGGCUUGUCUCUUGCCCUGAAGCCUCACAGAGCGGACAAAAGAGCCAUCGUCUCGAUGGUGGCCGCCCAGGACGUUCUCCAGGCCCCGCAGCAGUGAAUUAUAACAUAAAGCUUUAAUUUCAUUUUUCUUUGUCACUGGAUUUUGUUCAGUGAUGGUUCAGUGACACCCUUAGACAUUUAUGAUUCUGAGGAUUUUUCAGUUACUGUGUCGUCAUUGGAUGAAAUGGUGGUGUCUGUCCAGGCAAACCUUCAGUCCAAAUGGCCGGUUGUGGUUGCACAAGGUGAAGGCCAAGGUCCCCUGAUUAAAUUAGAAAUGAUGAUUAGUGAGCCCUGUCAGAAGACCAAGAGGAAGAGUGUUCUUGCUGUGGGUAAAGGAAAUGUCAAGGUCAAAUUUGAACCAAACGUUGAUGAGCACCUGGGAGGCAUCAACGAUAUCGAGGGCUUCAGUCGGGAAUAUAAAGACCACUUCACUAAUUCCAUAGGGCGUGAAGGAAACCAGGAGAGAGCGGUUCAGGAGUGGUUCCAACAUGGCGCCUCUGUUGGCCAAGAGGAACGUAGCAACAAAAGCACAAUCCCACAGUCCCCGCUGGAAGGAAAGGAUAAGAAGUUACUCAAGAGUGUCAGUCCAGACGUCUUCACAAGCUUCCCCACUCAAGGGAAGUUACCGGAACCCAAUAAUCCCAGUGACCUUACAGUGACCUCAAGGGGGUUAACUGACUUGGAGAUCAGCAUGUACGCUCUGCUCUGUGUCUUCUGCCUGGGCAUUUUGGUCUUCUUAAUUAACUGUGUGGCAUUUGCUUGGAAAUACAGACACAAAAGAUUCGCUGUGAGCGAACAAGGCAACAUCUCCCACUCCCAUGACUGGCUCUGGCUUGGGAAUGAAGUAGAACUUCUGGAAAACCCCGUGGACAUCACCCUCCCAUCAGAGGAGUGCACAACCAUGAUAGACAGGGGGCGGCAGUUUGAGGAGAGGAACUUCCUUCUCAACGGCGGCUCCCAGAAGACUUUCCACAGUCAACUACUCUUUCACAAACAUGACUAG